AAAUAAACAUUAAAAAAAAAAAGAGCAUCCCUAGUGAUUUUGAUAUAGGUAGUUUCCGGUCUGUCCUUUGGGGGAGCAAAACAAAUUCUGCUAGAAAAUGUUUAACUCUUGUUUGUCAUGAUGCCUAUAUCCCAGAUGAUGCUGUAAGUAUAAUUAGGGUGCCUCCAAAUAUACUUAUGGUGCCUGUAAAUGAGGGUGUCAGAGUUGCAGGUAGAUGAUUCCCCGAGCCUUAUAACUGAGGAAAGCAUCCAAAUUCACGUCAGACACUUUUGUCCAUAAAAUAGAAUUAUUUAGAAAACUUUUAAUGGUACAUUUUAUUUGCAUGGUGCCAUCAGAGACAAAUCAUAUGGUAAGUGUUAAAAGAAAUAUGCCAUUGAGGUUGAGUCAUUUACUGGCUUGAUUGCUCGCAGCCCUGAAGAACUGUGAGUAUCCUUCCUGCCCUGAUGGCUAUGGCCCCCUGGGGCUGGCUGGGGUUCUUGGUGUCAACAGCCCUCUGGGUGCAGAGGCUUGGGUCCUGUUGCUUGACUCCCUGCCAUGUGCUCUGUCCUACAGGCCGUCGGUGAGCCGCCCCUCUUCCUAGCAGCCUCCAUCUUCUUCGCCAUCCAGGAUGCCAUCCAUGCAGCUCGAGCUGGGAACACGGAUUAUAAGAUGAAGAAGCAUUUCCGGCUAGACAGCCCUGCCACCCCAGAGAAGAUCCGCAAUGCCUGUGUGGACAAGUUCACCACGCUGUGCAUCACUGGCCCUGCAGAAAACUGCAAACCCUGGUCUGUGAGGGUCUGAAGAGACAGCCCCUGGAAGAGUCUGCUGAUGCUAUGCUGGAUCAUCCGUGGAGUGUGAAACAUGUCUGCAGAUCAGGUUCUAUACAUAACACGACAACAUUGUGAUUCAUCAGGAUGGUGUCUGGAGGAACGCGGAUGCAUUGGAAGAUUCUGUGUUGUUUUCAUGGGAAGAUUUUGAUCAAAAAUAUGAUUUGUAAGCACAAUGAUAAGCAUAUUCAGAACUUUUAGGGCCAUGUGGCUAAUAUGCAAUUAGAUUUUAUGUCUGCUUUAAUCAUGUAUGUAUAAUAGGUGUAUGUGCUCUGUCCUAUCACAGGACAGGCUGUAUAAGCUCAGGUGCUGACAGUACCUUCCUUCAAAGAGGAUGCCCCAAACCUCCAGAGGCUUCCAAUCUCAAUCAGAAAGGCUUUCCUUCAAACCAAUGAACAUCAUAUUAUAACCACAGACACAUAGUCAAAUUUGCAAUGGGACAGUGGGGCGAGAUUCAAACCUCUAACCACCUUUGGGUCAUUGAAGAGAAUAAACAAUGACACUAAUUCAAGGUUGAUCUAAUCUUAGUAAGUGGCAGAAAGGAAAUUUUUCUACACCAUCAAAAGCCAACCAACCCAGUUAUUGAGCACCUACAAUGUGCUAGUUUUCUUUCUCUUCCUGUUUGUACAAAAAAAGAAAUCAGAUUUAAAAAUC